GACUUUGAUCCUGAUCCCCCUCUCUGCCUCCUCCACUCCUCAUCACGCUCAUUUCCAUCUCCUCCCUCCCUAUCGCUUCACCUCGGACUCAGAAACCAAACUUAAUAACUCUCCCAUGAAAGGUUCCAAGGGUCAGGCGAAGAACAAGGAGAAGUCCAAGGCACCCAAAGACGAUAAGAAAAAGAAGCCACAGUCAGGCCCUGAGCUUCCCGAGAAGAAGAACAAGCAGAAGAUUGAUGAACUGAAGGUCUUCAACAAAGAGCUGGAAACGGAGUUCGAUAACUUUGAGGACUGGCUGCACACCUUCAACCUGCUCCGUGGGAAGAUUGGGGACAACGACGACAAUGCGACAGAAGAAGAGCGGAUAGUGGGGAGGUUCAAAGGCUCCAUGUGCGUCUACAAAGUGCCGCUCCCGGAUGAUAUCACCAAGGACGCAGGAUAUGACCCCAACUUUGGCAUGUUCCAGGGCAUCCCCAGCAACGACCCCAUCAAUGUGCUGGUCCGAGUCUAUAUUGUACGGGCUACAGACCUUCACCCAGCUGACAUCAAUGGGAAAGCCGACCCCUAUAUUGCCAUCAAGCUGGGGAAGACAGACAUCAAAGACAAGGAGAACUACAUCUCCAAGCAGUUGAACCCCGUCUUUGGAAAGUCCUUUGACAUCGAGGCCACCUUCCCCAUGGAGUCCAUGCUGACGGUGGCGGUGUACGACUGGGACUUGGUGGGGACUGACGACCUCAUCGGAGAGACCAAGAUUGAUCUGGAGAACCGCUACUACAGCAAGCACCGAGCUACUUGUGGGGUGUCCCAGACUUACUCCAUACACGGUUAUAACACCUGGCGUGACCCCAUGAAGCCCUCCCAAAUCCUCUCCAAGCUGUGCAAAGAGGGCAAGGUGGAUGGGCCACACUUUGGGCCAGGAGGAAGAGUGAAAGUUGCCAACAGGGUCUUCACCGGCCCCACGGAGAUUGAGGAUGAGAACGGUCAGAAGAAGCAGACGGAUGAGCACCUGGCCCUGGCAGUGCUGCGCCACUGGGAAGACAUCCCGCGGGCAGGCUGCAAGCUGGUCCCCGAGCACGUGGAGACGCGCCCGCUGCUGAAUUGCAACUCUCCAACCUUGCAGGGUCGCCUGGAGAUGUGGGUGGACAUGUUCCCCAUGGACAUGCCGGCGCCCGGUCCUGCCACUGACAUUUCCCCCAGGAAACCAAAGAAAUACGAGCUCAGAGUGAUAGUGUGGAACACAGACGAGGUCAUCCUGGAGGACGAUGACUACUUCACCGGCGAGAAAUCCAGUGACAUUUUUGUCCGGGGGUGGCUGAAGGGUCAGCAGGAGGACAAGCAAGACACGGACGUCCAUUACCACUCGCUCACUGGUGAAGGCAACUUCAACUGGCGCUACAUCUUCCCCUUUGACUACCUGAUGGCAGAGGAGAAGAUCGUCAUCUCCAAGAAAGAAUCCAUGUUUUCCUGGGAUGAGACUGAGUACAAGAUCCCAGCUCGCCUCACCUUGCAGGUCUGGGAUGCCGACCACUUCUCAGCCGAUGAUUUCCUCGGGCCGGAGAUGCUGGCCCAGCCCAGCUCCAGCCAAGAACUCAGCAUUUUUGGGGGUGCCAACAUCUAUUGCAGCCUGGAGAUGGUGACGAACGAGGCAGAGCUGCCCAUGGUCUCCAUCUUCAAGCAGAAGCGGGUGAAGGGCUGGUGGCCGUUCGUGGCCAGAGAUGAGAAUGAUGAGCUGGAGAUCACCGGGAAAGUCGAGGCUGAGCUGCACCUUCUGACAGCGGAGGAGGCAGAGAAAUCCCCGGCGGGGCUGGCUCGCAACGAGCCCGACCCACUGGAGAAACCCAACCGCCCGGACACGUCCUUCAUCUGGUUCCUGAACCCGCUCAAGUCCAUCAAAUACCUCAUCUGCACGCGCUACAAGUGGCUCAUCAUCAAAAUCGUGCUGGCCCUGUUGCUCCUCAUCAUGAUCGCCCUCUUCCUCUACAGCAUGCCAGGCUACAUGGUCAAGAAGCUGCUGGGAGCAUGA